CGUUACAGAUCAAACGUCCCCAGUCUGUCAGUGACAGGAGCAGAAAGAAGCUAGUACUGACAUGAUGUCAUAGAUGACCAUGGGAGGGGUUCACUCAACUUGAAGCUGUUGCUCAUGCUGGCUACAAACAGUUGAUAGAUGACCAUUUUGACCUUCUUCUAUAGGAUAAUUGUGAUUGCGAUCAAUUUCAGUCACCUGUUCCAGACCCUUGUCGAAAAUAAAAGCUGAACUACAGACUUCAGUUGCAUCUCAAACUAUACCCUAUUCCCUAUAUAGUGCACUACUUUUGACCAGGUUAGCCGGAGGGUGCACAGUGCAAUAAAUAGAGAAUAUGGGACUCUUUUGCUCCAUCACUCUUAUGCUCAGCUUAUAGAAGGAGUAUAUGGUUAAUAAUACUAGCACGUUAGAUGCUAGAGCUCAUUUCUCCCUUUGCCGUAUCCCACUAACCAACAUCUGGCUGUGUGCUAAAUCACUGACAACAGCAAUAAGGUGUUGACGUCAUCGCCUGUUUUGUACUGUAUAGCUAUAGUAAUGUAACACGGCAUACCCCCACCCAGCCAGGGGUUUAUGGAGUGGACAGUGUCUUUAUGAGAGAGGGCUGUGUUAGGGAGUGAACAGAGCUGUGUUAUGGAGUGGCGUGGCGUGGACAGAGGUGUGUUAUGGAGUGGCGUGGCGUGGACAGAGGUGUGUUAUGGAGUGGCGUGGCGUGGACAGAGGUGUGUUAUGGAGUGGCGUGGACAGAGGUGUGUUAUGGAGUGGCGUGGCGUGGACAGAGGUGUGUUAUGGAGUGGCGUGGCGUGGACAGAGGUGUGUUAUGGAGUGGCGUGGACAGAGGUGUGUUAUGGAGUGGCGUGGCGUGGACAGAGGUGUGUUAUGGAGUGGCGUGGACAGAGGUGUGUUAUGGAGUGGCGUGGUGUGGCGUGGACAGAGGUGUGUUAUGGAGUGGCGUGGCGUGGACAGAGGUGUGUUAUGGAGUGGCGUGGCGUGGACAGAGGUGUGUUAUGGAGUGGCGUGGUGUGGACAGAGGUGUGUUAUGGAGUGGCGUGGCGUGGACAGAGGUGUGUUAUGGAGUGGCGUGGCGUGGACAGAGGUGUGUUAUGGAGUGGCGUGGCGUGGACAGAGGUGUGUUAUGGAGUGGCGUGGACAGAGGUGUGUUAUGGAGUGGCGUGGCGUGGACAGAGGUGUGUUAUGGAGUGGCGUGGCGUGGACAGAGGUGUGUUAUGGAGUGGCGUGGCGUGGCGUGGACAGAGGUGUGUUAUGGAGUGGCGUGGCGUGGCGUGGACAGAGGUGUGUUAUGGAGUGGCGUGGCGUGGACAGAGGUGUGUUAUGGAGUGGCGUGGAGUGAACAGAGGUGUGUUAUGGAGUGGCGUGGAGUGGACAGAGCUGUGUUAUGGAGUGGCGUGGUGUGAACAGAGGUGUGUUAUGGAGUGGCGUGGAGUGAACAGAGGUGUGUUAUGGAGUGGUGUGGCGUGGACAGAGCUGUGUUAUGGAGUGGCGUGGCGUGGACAGAGGUGUGUUAUGGAGUGGCGUGGAGUGAACAGAGGUGUGUUAUGGAGUGGCGUGGAGUGAACAGAGCUGUGUU